ACUGCGUGCAGGUCUAGUGUGUACGUGCAUUGCAUGGUUGUUGUGAAGGCUUCAUUCAGGGAACAUUAGAAAUCUGAUCCCAGUACACAGAGCCAACCCCCCUGCCGCCCGUCCCACUUUACUCCCCCCUCUCUGGGGCACCACCAGUCUUAUUCUGGACAAUCAGAAACGGGUCAGUGUUGGCAAACCAGUCUGGGAAGAAAGACGAGCUCAAAACAACCAGCUUUCUGUUCUCAAAUAAUUUACCACCGGCUGUCUCUCCAAGUCUGCAGUAAUAAUAACUGUAGCCCACAGCAGCCAUGGCAGACGAAGACCUCAUGUUCAGUAUGGACGGUGUGGACAGUGGUGGGACGAAGCGGGGAGGCUCACUGGAUGACCCAGACAUCGACGAGGAAGACAACUAUUACAUCUGUCCCAUCACAGACGACCCCGUCUACAACAAGGCGAGCGAAAUCUGUAACUACCUGAAGAACCUUAUUCACAACGAGCAGUACUCCUCCAGCGCCCCCUCCCAGACCAGCUUCAACGUCCAGAAAGAAAAAGAGCAGGAAGCCGUCAGUUUUGAGAUGUUAUCUGAACGAGGUCGGACCGCCUGGAAGAAUGCCAUCAGGAAAGCCAAGGCAAUGCCAGACCCCUGGGCAGAAUUCCAUUUGGAGGAAAUUGAAAAGGAGCCCUGCACUCGCUACAGGUACAACGCUGUCACGGGACAGUGGGUGGAGGAUGAAGUCUUCAUCAAGAUGGCAUCGCAGCCGUUUGGCCGGGGAGCUAUGAGGGAAUGCUACAGAACGAAAAAGCUGUCCAAUUUCUCACACAGCCACAACUGGAAGUCAGCCUCAAACUAUGUGGCUAAGCGGUACCUGAUGCCAGUGGACAGAGACGUGUACUUUGAGGAUGUGAGGCUGCAGAUGGAAGCCAAGCUCUGGGGAGAGGAAUACAACCGGCACAGACCCCCCAAGCAGGUUGACAUCAUGCAGAUGUGUAUUGUGGAGAUGAAGAACCGUCCAGGCAAACCUCUAUUCCACCUGGAGCAUUACAUUGAGGGGAAGUACAUCAAAUACAACUCCAACUCGGGCUUCGUGCGCGACGACAACAUCCGCCUCACACCGCAGGCGUUCAGCCACUUCUCGUUCGAGCGCUCAGCUCACCAGCUGAUCGUGGUGGAUAUCCAGGGGGUGGGUGACCUCUACACUGACCCCCAGAUCCACACGGAAUGUGGCACCGACUUUGGAGAUGGAAACCUGGGCAUACGAGGAAUGGCACUAUUUUUCCACUCUCACCUCUGCAACAAGAUUUGCAAAAGCAUGGGCCUCACGCCAUUUGAUAUUUCCCCCAAGGAAAAAGGUGCCCUGGACUGCACCAAUAAGCUCCUGGAAUCGGCAAAGACAGUGCUGCGUGGCUGUGAGGAGAAGUGCGGCAGCCCUCGCGUGCGCACCAUCUCCACAGGUCGCCUCCCCCCACUGCUCUCCCGCCUCUCUGAGUCCUCCUGCCCUGAUGACAUGAGUGACGGGCUCUUCGACUCCCCCCCCUACUCCCCCGCAGGCCACUACCCAGAAUCCUAUGGGAAAUCGCCCCUGGGCUGGUCUCUGUUAAAUGAUGUAGAUGCCGGGUCUUUCGAAGCCAUCAAUAACAUGCAUGAACACAGGGACUCAGAUGGUGGGGACAGUGGCUACCCCAGUGAGAGACGAAGUGAGGGGGACGACAUGGAACACAGAGACAGGCAAAGAGUGGCUAUCGCCUUCAAACCACCCUCCUUUAAUCAUAUAAACAGCCCCCUGAUCAACACGCUGACAGAGGAGAAGUGGAAAGUGUACCACGCGUCUCGCUCGCAUGUUCACCGGCCCUCGUGUGUCGCUGUCGAGGUGGAGAGACUCAACGCCCUGGUGCUGGAGAAGAAGAUCGGCAGGUCCAACCUGGGGAAGGUCCACCUGGCCAUGGUGCGGUACCAUGAGGGGGGUCGGUUCUGUGAGAAGGACGAGGAGUGGGACCGGGACUCUGCCGUCUUUCACCUGGAACACGCUGCGAUGUGUGGGGAGCUGGAGGCCAUUGUUGCCCUGGGCCUCAUGUACUUCCAGAUACCCCACCACAUCCUCACAGACAUCACCCUGGAGGAUACCGACGAGAACCGAAAGAAAGGGUUCACCUACCUGUUGCAGGCCGCUGAAGCCGGGGACCGCCUAUCUAUGAUCUUUGUGUCCCGAGCGUUCGAUUCUGGAGUCACCCUGCCUCCUGACAGGAGCCGGGACUGGAAGGAGGCGGUGUGCUGGUACGACAUGGCGCUCAACAUGACGGAUUACGAUGAGGGCGGAGAGUACGACGGAAUGCAGGAUGAGCCCCGCUACCUCCUCCUGGCUAGAGAGGCCGAGAUGUACAUGGAGGGAGGCUUCGGCCUGGAGCCAGACCCUCAGAAAGCAGGCGAUCUGUUCACAGAGGCAGCGGACGCAGCGAUGGAGGCCUUGAAGGGCAGGCUGGCAAACCAGUACUACAUGAAGGCAGAAGAGGCCUGGAGCUUGAUGGAGGAAUGAGCAGCACACCCACCCCCACGCAGUCACUGCGUCAACGGGCAGCUCUCCCUGGAAAAGGACUCCAACCAGACUGUUGAACUGUUUACAAACCAAAUGUACCUUUCUGUGUUUGUGUCAGUGUUCUGUACUCUCUGGUUGUCGCCUCUGUCUUUUUAUAUGUUUAUCCAGAGCAAAAACAAAAAAAGGGUAUUUUAUGUGGAGUGUGUAAUUUUUAUAUUGGCAAGGAGAUCUUCAAUGUAGCAUUAUCCAUGGAGAUUUGGGGCAGUGAACGUUGUUUUCUCUUGUUUUUGGGGAUCCUAGGAUGUCUUCAUGUCUGGAUAUUUUGUAGGUUACAUUCAGUAUCCUUGUCUUGCCAUAGCUAUGGGAAUUUCUUUGAAUUUUUCUGUGCACUUCUAUCAAAAUCACAUUCAGUAGUAAAAUAUAUGUUUAGCUUAAAGGUAGAACAAAAAAAAAAGAUUUUUGUAAUUUGUAUCAUUGUUAAAAAGGUGGCCUUUUAAAAAAAAAAAAAAAAAGUUUACAUAAAUGUUUAUUUAAAAAAAAAAUGUAUUGCUUUUUUAACCUUAUUUUAAUAGAAAUGUAUGGUAGUUUACUGAAAUAGUUUUCAAGAAAACAAAAACUAACAAAAAAAAAAAAGUUGUACUUGGAAUAUACUGUACAGCUAAAUGAUUAUUGUGUUUGGUUCAUUAAUCUAAAGCUGUUGUGUUUGUUUUAGGAAUCUUAAGCUAUGUAUGCCGAUUAAAUUGUGUACUUGCCUAGCACGUCUGAAUGUGACUGUCUGGUUUCAAAAUUAAAGAUUGUUACAGAUAUUUUCA